ACGGCGGUUGUUCCGCUUCCCCUCCAGCGCGGGCCGUCGCCAUUGCCGAACUCUCCCUCCCCUCCCCUCCCGGCGUCCGCUUGCUCGGCCUAGCGGUAGCGGCGGCUGCGCUGCAGCCCGACUAGUCUUCCCGUCCCGCUCCCCCUUCCGUCCCCACCCCACCCCGCCCCGCGCGCUCGCCCGGGCGGCGCCGCAGCUUGCAGGGACCUCGGACGGAGGCACCUCGCUGGGCGGGGACCUUUCCUCGCCAGGGGUGGGCACACAAUCCACUGAGCCACAAAGCCAGGGCAUUUUUCCAGUAUUUUAUAUAAACAAUGCUGUGGUGAAUAUUCCUGAUUACAACUUUAGAAUAUUUUUGAAGAAGUGGAAUUACUGGUUGAAAAGGCCGUAACUGUAAUUCUGAAUCAUGUCUGAUAACGGAGAACUGGAAGACAAGCCUCCGGCUCCUCCCGUGAGAAUGAGCAGUACCAUUUUUAGCACUGGAGGCAAAGACCCUUUGUCAGCUAAUCACAGUUUGAAACCUUUGCCCUCUGUUCCAGAGGAAAAAAAGCCCAGGAAUAAAAUCAUCUCUAUAUUCUCAGGCACAGAGAAAGGAAGUAAGAAGAAAGAGAAGGAACGGCCAGAAAUUUCUCCUCCAUCUGAUUUUGAGCACACCAUCCAUGUUGGCUUUGAUGCUGUUACUGGAGAAUUCACUGGCAUGCCAGAACAAUGGGCCCGAUUAUUACAGACUUCCAAUAUCACCAAACUAGAGCAAAAGAAGAAUCCUCAGGCUGUGUUGGAUGUCUUAAAGUUCUAUGACUCCAACACAGUGAAGCAGAAAUAUUUGAGCUUUACUCCUCCAGAGAAAGAUGGCUUCCCUUCUGGAACACCAGCACUGAGUACCAAGGGAUCAGAAACAUUAGCAACAGAGGAAGAUGAUGAUGAUGAAGAGGCUGCUCCCCCUGUUAUUGCCCCACGACCAGAUCAUACAAAAUCAAUUUAUACGCGGUCUGUAAUUGACCCUAUUCCUGCCCCAGUUGGUGAUUCUAAUGUUGAUGGUGGUGCCAAGUCUUCUGACAAACAGAAAAAGAAGACUAAAAUGACAGAUGAAGAGAUCAUGGAGAAAUUAAGAACUAUUGUAAGCAUAGGUGACCCUAAGAAAAAAUACACAAGAUAUGAAAAAAUUGGGCAAGGGGCUUCUGGUACAGUUUUCACUGCUACCGAUGUGGCAUUGGGACAGGAGGUUGCCAUCAAACAGAUUAAUUUACAGAAACAGCCAAAGAAGGAAUUGAUCAUUAAUGAGAUUCUAGUGAUGAAAGAAUUGAAGAAUCCCAACAUAGUUAAUUUCUUGGACAGUUACCUGGUGGGAGAUGAAUUGUUUGUAGUAAUGGAGUACCUUGCUGGGGGAUCACUUACUGAUGUUGUAACAGAAACCUGCAUGGAUGAAGCACAGAUUGCUGCCGUAUGCAGAGAGUGUUUACAGGCGCUGGAAUUUUUACAUGCUAACCAAGUGAUCCACAGAGACAUCAAAAGUGACAAUGUGCUUUUGGGGAUGGAAGGAUCAGUUAAACUUACUGAUUUUGGUUUCUGUGCCCAGAUCACUCCUGAGCAGAGCAAGCGAAGUACCAUGGUUGGCACGCCGUACUGGAUGGCACCAGAGGUGGUUACACGGAAAGCUUAUGGCCCCAAAGUGGACAUAUGGUCUUUGGGUAUCAUGGCUAUUGAGAUGGUAGAAGGAGAGCCUCCAUACCUCAAUGAAAAUCCCUUGAGGGCUUUGUACCUGAUAGCGACUAAUGGAACUCCAGAACUUCAGAACCCAGAGAAACUUUCACCAAUAUUUCGGGAUUUCUUAAAUCGAUGUUUGGAGAUGGAUGUGGAGAAAAGGGGUUCGGCCAAAGAAUUGUUACAGCAUCCUUUCCUGAAACUGGCCAAACCAUUAUCUAGCUUGACACCACUGAUUAUGGCAGCUAAAGAAGCAAUGAAGAGUAAUCGUUAACAUCGUUGCCAUGGCCUCAUGUUCCUUUUCCAUUUUCUAAAAGAAAUAUUUUAAUAUAUGAAAAUUAUUACUCUUUCGGGUUUUAAGGAAAUGGCCUGCACAACAUGUAGGAAAAAAGCAAACAACUACUUCCUGAAGACAACCAAGAGAAAAUUGCAAAACAGAAUGACAACCUUCUAUUGAAUCCCUUCUUUAGGGUCCAAAAGGAAUUGUGGAAUGAAUCACUAGCCUUCUUUCAGCAGACAGCCCAGCGGGGCCAUUUAUCAUGCUUGAGAGUUGCAUUUUAUUUUGCUGAUUUCAUUGUAAUAGAUUCCAUUCAUUGUCCCUUUUGGGGUAUUUUCAGUACUUGAAUGGUAGAUUUGAGUUCUUCAGUUAUUUGUCUCAUCUGCUGGUCUUCUUUUCUCUCUGUAGCUUUCUUUUUUCUUGAAUUGCUCCUUUUGAGUUGCUUUGAGAAAUUUUUCUAAGGCCUAAAUUUGAGGCAAGUUUGAUAGAAAUUAUGUAACUCCUUAUACUGGCAAAGGAGAUUAAUAUGAUUUAACUUUGUAUAGAAUUAGAACCAGCUGUUGUAAUAUUUCAGUUCAGAAUUUGAACUGGGGGAAGGGAAGAAAAGUAUGUGAUUUUUACCUUUUUUAACAAAUGUGAAAGUCAAUUUUAGAAAUAUCAUGGUAGUGAAGUGCUUGGCAUUUGUUACAUGUAUAAAGAGAAGACUAAUAAUCUAUAUUUAUAACUAAAUCAUUGAGACAGAAAAAGAAUCCCAUUGAUUGUACAUCUUUAUAAUUUUGUUUUCUUUUUGACUGUUUCCUCUUCAGAUUUGGCUUCAGGAUUUGUUCUUCUAACUUUUAGUGUCCCUACUUUCCUCUUCCCCUUUUUUCCCCAUCAUUUUGGAAAUAAGUUUCUGUAUAUGUUGUAAUUUUAGUUUGUUUUUUAAUUAACCUUCUCUCACCCUCCCCCUAUAGUAAAUAAUAUAAUAACAAUUGAAUUUUCAGAAUUAACUCUUUUCCAUUUAAAGGAGAGAAUAUUUGGAGCUAGUAGAGACAAAGUGAGAAAGACUUGAACCUUAUUGAGCUCUCAGAUAAUUAGAUGAGAUCGUAUUCAUGAAAGAGACUUGUCAGUUACAUGGAGAUGCAGCUGCUGACCAAUAAACUGUAGAGAUUUGUUAAAAACAUUGUACCUAAACCAUUACCAAUGUUUUACUGUCUGAGAACUGACAGUAGUUCUUGAUAAAUUUAUGGAUCAUUUGAUAUGUUGAGUUAGUUCAUAUUUUUUUUUCAAAUAAGUAAAUAAUGUUUAGGUACAAAACUGGGGGAAAGGAAGAAAAAUAAAAUGUCCUUGUUGAUAGCAAUAUUUUUUUUUAUUCUAAAGAUUUUAAAAGGUCUGUGACCUGUAGCAUUAUUAGAGUCUCCCUCCCCCCACCUACACCCCCACUUCUGGUCUCUUCUUCCUCUCCUUUUCCUCUCUCCUUAUUUCUUUAUUGUUUUGUAUUUGGAUGCAAUACUGUCCUUUCUGACUGCCAAGAGCCACAUAAAAGAGAAAAAUCUGUGGUUUGAUUUUGGAACAUGGGAAUGUUCCCACCAUUCUCGUAUUAAUUUCAUGCCUGCUUACCAUCCUGUAAUAGUACAGAUCAUGAAUAAAAACAAUUGUGAUGUUUUGGAGUACAUUGGGCGGGGGGACUAAUACAGUUUUAUUUCCUAUCAUUCCAGUCAUCUGUGUAUAAGAUACAGAUAUAAGAAUAGAAAUGGCUGGUUUUUUAUUGAUAAUGCAGGAAGUUUUUCACAGAAAUGAGUAAAAUAGAUAAUGAAACUUUUAUCUAGAGCACUUAAUGGUCUCUUUUUUCAAUUCGAUUCUUGACUUCACGUUUCUCUGGAUUAUAUUGGCCUCUAUAGCUAUUACUGAAUUACAGGAACAAGCUGGUUUAUUUCUGGUGGAAAGCCACAUUGUCUCUUUGAAUUCCAGAUUUGAACAUUCUUUGUAAAUAAUUUUCUGGAUGAAUUACGGUGAAGAAGGUGCUACCAGUGAAAACCAACUAGAUGAUAAGACUGAUGGUCAUGACCACUCUAGCUGGCACCUCAUGCAUAAGUCACAAAGACCAUAUUCAUUGAACUCAGUGCCAAUGCCCCAUUUGUAUUCCUACAACUCAACAAAGGUCUUUCCAGUUUAUAGAAGCAGUUUGGGGUUUGUAUUUACAACUUUGGUUGGUUACCUGCAUGUCCAUUGCUGGCAACGGACUUUGUCAUUAAAACCUGACUCCUAGGUUAAGGGAACUACACUGUGGUUUAUUCUUUACUUAAUUGGAUAAACUAACUUGUAAUAGAAAUUUUGGUUCUGAAAUGGGUCAUUUUUAAACAGAAUAACCUUAAACGCAGUACAGAAUUGUGAUAUAUCAGUCAAUUUUAAAUUACAGUGCUUAGAUCUUACUGAAAGAAAAAUUAUAUCUGAAUCAAGGUUCAUGUUUUUUAAAUAACUGCUUUUUGUAUUUACCCUUUUUGUCAUCACUUCAGAAUGAAAAUUCCCAUUGAAAUCUAAAAGUUACCUUAGUCCUCUUGUAUUAUUAGGACAGUAUUACUAUAGUACUUAUUUAUUAUAUUUUAGACUCUAGCAGUCUUAAAUUUUCCUUCUCCUUUUAUUCCUUUUGCUGCUGUUAGGGACAGUUAAAACCGGGAAACCAUGAAAAUAUUGAAUAUUUUAUCCUACCUGGAAUUGUAAACAAGUAGAGUGAUUGUGUUAACAUCAGAAACUAAGGCUUACACAACUCUCUUCAUGUGUUGAAUGCCUGGCACAUAAUUCUCUUCCCUUUCACUUAUAAAUAUUAAGCUGCUUGUCUAGUUACCACCAGCCCUAAAUGAACCUGUGCCUUUAAUAAGCAAUUUAAAACUACCUAUGAGUAUUUCUUUAAGGGCUCACAUAAAUAUGUUUGUUUAAAUAUACUGUAUUCUAGCCAGAAUAAGUCUAGAUCUGAUCAAGCAGUAGCUAUCGUUAGAAAUAAAAAAUAUGAGUACUUAAAGAAUUUGCAUCAGUUUUUUAAUCUAAAAUAUUUUAAAUAUACUGAGAUCCAUAUCUAGUGAAAUGUCAAAAAAUCAAUUCUAAAAUAUAGCCAAAAUCCAGAUUAGCGCUCAUUUUGGUUUUGUUUUUUUAUAGUGGAUUUUCAUAAUAAUAUAAAAAAAGAUUGUCUUCAUUACUCCCGUAACAGAUAUUUAAACAAUCCAAAUCCAUUUUUUCGCAGUACAUGUAUAUGCAUGUGUAUAAGAAAGGAAAAAUAUGCACAAAUACAUUUUUUUCUCAACAUAUUUGUUGACCACUUCAGCAAAGACACUGUGGUAGGCAUUGUGGGAAUUACAAAAGAGAAUCCAACACUGGCCUGACCUUGAGAGAACUGAAGUCUUUCUCACUCACCAUUCUAGAAUGUCGCCAAAUGAGAGGGAGAAAGAAAAUGUGUCAAGCAAAUUUUCAUUCUUCUGUAUUAAGCAGAGAAUUAUAUUUGGAAUUGAACAUUUUUAGUAGGGAUGUGUUUUAUUUUGGGUUUGAUUUUUUUUUAUGUUGGUAGAUAGAAAUGUAAUUAAGUGAAAGCAGCUUUUGUCUUCAAAUUUUAUAUUGACUUAUUUUUAAUUUAAUCCCUUUUAAUUAUUUAAUUGUUACAUUGACAUUAACUGCUGUAUUUGAUGACUCUGUUCAAUAACUUUGUUCUUUCAGGGCUAGAAAUAAACUUUUUAUGUUCA